GGCAAACUACACUGCAGCCAUUCCUCGUCUGGCUCAUAGGUUUCCGAGAUCGGCUUUUCCUAUUUUUUUCCAGUUUUUCUUAGUAAAAAAGGGAAAAAAUCGACCGGAUGGUUUAACUCUGGCUCGAGUUUUGUCGUCUUUCUUUCGGAGAAAUAGGCUUGAAGAUGGGCGAUUCGUUGGACUCGAGCGACCCUCCACCGGAGGAACAGCCGGUCUCGAUAACGGAUCUGACCGAAUUUAUCGUCUACCUGAAGGAAAACAUCAAAUUGAAUCUUUUAGGAGGGAUUUACUCUCCUUCGGCCCUCGACCAGGCGUUGCAAGACGUGGACAAUUUGGACUGCGUCAAGAAAUUCUUAGGAGAUGCCCAAAUACCUACGCUCGUCGUUCAGAAAACUUCGGCCAAAGAUGAUGAUACAGACCAAGGAGCAGAUGGAGAUGAUGAUAAGGAUCAAGUGUCAAUCACAAUUGCCAAUUCAGUUCAUUUUGGCACUUCCAAAACUACCAGUCUUCUGUUCAUCAAGACUGGGCCAAUUAUGGAAGCUGAUAAGCCAAUUCAUUCUCAGCUUCACAGAAUUGAUUUGUGCGAAGGAUCUGCUUACGAAAGCCUGCACUCAAUUGUCAGCAAGGGGAUGUCGCCCUUUUUCAAAAGUUACAUCAAAGAAUCGGGCCGAGCGGAUCGAGACGGCGACAAAAUGGUCCCGUCAGUCGAAAAGAAGAUCGACGAAUUGGAAAUGGGCCUGUUGCACCUUCAACAGAACAUUGACAUACCUGAAAUCUCAUUAGCUGUGCAUCCUAUUGUUGCAUCUGUGAUAAAAAAGUGCCACGAAGAAGGUAGAAAGCCAAAGGUGUCCGAUUUUGGCGAUAAAGUCGAUGACUCCAGUUUUCUCAACCAGUUACAAAAUGGCGUGAACCGCUGGAUCAAAGAAAUUCAAAAGGUAACAAAAUUAGAUAGAGACCCAGCAUCUGGAACAGCGCUUCAAGAAAUUUCAUUUUGGUUAAAUUUAGAAAGAGCUCUUCAUAGAAUUCAAGAGAAACGAGAAAACAUUGAUGUAAUUUUAACUUUGGAAAUUUUAAAACAUGGAAAGCGUUUUCAUGCUACAGUCAGUUUUGAUAGUGAUACAGGUUUAAAAACAGCUUUAAGUACAGUAAAUGACUAUAAUCCUCUCAUGAAAGAUUUCCCAAUAAAUGAUCUGUUAUCUGCGACUGAGUUAGAUAGAAUACGGUAUGCUGUUCAACAGAUUUUUACCCAUUUGAGGAAAAUUCGGAACACUAAAUAUCCGAUGGCAAGAGGUUUGAGGCUCGUCGAGGCGAUUUCAAGGGAUUUGACGUCCCAAUUGCUAAAAGUACUCAGUACAAGACGUUUGAUGCAUAUCCCGUUCGACGAGUUUGAAAAAGUGAUGCAACAGUGCAGCAAUGUUUUCACAACUUGGGAUGAUGAAUAUGAUAAGCUUCAGGGCCUCCUGAGAGAUAUAGCGAAAAAGAAGAGAGAAGAGCAAAUGAAAAUAGUGUGGAGAGUCGCACCGUCCCACAAGAAAUUACAGACAAGGAUGGAACACAUGAAAAAUUUCAGACACCAACAUGAACAGCUUAGAAUGGUUAUUGACAGGGUCUUGAGACCCGCUGCCCUUCAAGCUCAAGAGGCGAACGGUAUUAACGAAGGGAGUGGAAAAGUUGGAGGCCUCUUAUCACUCGAAUCUUCCAGCGUAACUGCUAUUGAGGAAGUCAAUUUGGCGUAUGAAAAUGUAAAAGAAGUCGAUUGUCUCGAUAUGUCAAGAGAAGGAGGAGAGGCUUGGGAAGCUGCUGUCGCUAGGUAUGAAGAAAGGAUUGAUAAAGUCGAAACAAGAAUUACUGCUCAUUUGCGGGACCAAUUGGGGCAAGCCAAAAAUGCGAAUGAAAUGUUCAGGAUUUUCUCGAGAUUUAAUGCUCUUUUUGUAAGACAGCAUAUCAGGGGAGCUAUAAGAGAAUACCAGACACAACUAAUCCAAAGAGUCAAAGAUGAUAUAGAAUCUCUUCAUGAAAAAUUCAAAAUCCAAUACACUCAGAGCAAAGGGAAUAAAAUGAGCACAAUUAGAGAUAUUGCACCAGUCAGCGGAUCUAUAAUUUGGGUCAAACAAAUUGAUAGGCAGCUUACUACUUAUUUAAGAAGAGUUGAAGAUGUUUUGGGUAAAGGAUGGGAAAAUCAUAUCGAAGGACAAACAUUGAAGGCUGAUGGUGACAGUUUCCGUUUGAAGCUCAACACCCAGGAAAUAUUUGACGAGUGGUCAAGAGUUGUCCAACAGAGGAAUCUGAGUGUAUCUGGUCGGAUUUUCGCCAUCGAAAGCACAAGAUCAAGGACUGGAAGGGGCAAUGUCCUUAAACUUAAAGUCAAUUUCCAUCCUGAGAUAAUUACCCUCUAUAAAGAAGUAAGGAAUCUGAAGGCGUUGGGAUUCAGGGUGCCUCUUGCCAUUGUUAAUAAAGCACAUCAAGCGAAUCAACUCUAUCCAUUCGCAGUAUCUCUAAUUGAGAGUGUCCGGACGUAUGAAAGAACUCUAGAAAAGCUUGUGAACAGGACAGCAACAAUCCCUAGUUCGACGCAAAAGCUUGAAGAUAAAGCGAGUAUUAUCCCUCUUGUUGCUGGUUUACGAAGAGAAAUGCAACAGUUAAUUGCUGAGGGUAUACAACUGGUCUGGGAAAGCUACAAACUUGAGCAGUACGUUCAUAGGUUUGCUGAGCAAGUCUGUAUUUUCCAAGAGAAGGUAGAGGAUCUUUUAGUUGUCGAAGAGCAACUUGAUGUUGAUGUAAGGUCUUUAGAGACUUGCCCUUACUCCGCAAAUACUUUUUCGGAUAUCCUUUCCAAAAUCCAACGAGCCAUUGACGAUUUAUCCCUGAAGCAAUACAGCAAUCUUGUUAUUUGGGUGUCGCGGUUGGAUCAAGCUGUUGAAAAAAAUUUGAGCAACCGGCUACAAGCCGGAAUUGAAGCAUGGACAGAUGCACUCGAGGGCAAAGCCAUGGGCAUUGAUCUUUCAAUGGACACCGAUGCGCCUGCAAAACCUAUUCACGCGCCAGGUGGUGAUCCAUCGGUUGGCGUGCUAACUCACGAAGUCAGGAUCACAAACCAAAUUAUGUACCUUUAUCCGAGUUUGGAGGAAGCUCGAUUUUUGAUAAUGCAGCAGCUCUUUUCUUGGCAAGCAGUGGUGACUUGUCAGACAAGAUUGCAAUCUUCACGAUAUCAGGUCGGUUUGGAUAUGUCGAUGUCACAAACAUACAGAGAUCUUCUAACAAAACUUCCACAAAGCUGUCAACCUCUGCUUCAUGCUUACGAUUCAAUUGAUCAUAAAGUUAAAGAGGUGUUUAAUUAUGUCACGGAAUGGCUAAGAUAUCAAUCGCUUUGGGAUUUGCAGUCCGAUAUGCUUUACAGCAGACUUAAGGAGGACAUCACCAUAUGGAUGAGAUGUCUUAGCGAUGUCAAGAAAUCUCGAAUGACAUUUGACACUUCUGAAACAAAACGAGAGUUUGGCCCUAUAGUCAUAGACUAUGCCAAAGUGCAGAGCAAAGUUGCUCUCAAGUAUGAUUCAUUAGAAAAAGACAUUCUUGCUAAAUUUGGAGCACUUCUAGGAUCAGACAUGUCUACUUUCCAUGCACUCAUUUCCAAGUCAAGAAGCGAACUGGAAAAACAAUCGAUAGAAGCUGCUUCUACUUCUGAUGCUGUUUGUUUCAUUACAUACGUACAGUCAUUAAAGCGUAACAUGAAGACGUGGCAGAAACAGGUUGAAGUUUAUCGAGAAGGGCAGAGGAUACUCGAGCGGCAUAGAUUUCAAUUUCCUAACAAUUGGCUGUAUGUUGAUAAUGUCGAGGGUGAAUGGAGCGCUUUCAAUGAAAUCAUCAAACGCAAGGAUCUCUCCAUACAAGCACAGGUUUUAAGUUUACAGCAAAAGAUGGUCGCAGAGGACAAAGCCGUCGAAGGAAGAACGAACGAACUUUUAUCCGAUUGGGAACACUCUAAACCAAUCGAAGGGAAACUCCGCCCAGAUGAAGCCCUCAUUCAGCUGCAAGAGUUCGAGACGAAAUUCUCACGGCUUAAAGAAGAAAGGGACAACGUGGCCAAGGCAAAAGAAGCCCUCGAAUUGCAAUACACCGGAGCGAGCUCGAGCUCGGAAGAACGAGUUCUCGUCAUGUUUGAAGAAAUGCAGGAUUUGAGAGAAGUUUGGUCCGAGCUCUCAAGGAUCUGGACACAGAUCGAUGAGAUGAGGGAGAAACCUUGGCUUUCAGUACAGCCUAGGAAACUGAGACAACAGCUAGACACCUUGAGCCAACAACUCAAAGAACUACCGGCAAGAGUCAGGCAGUACUCGAGUUACGAGUAUGUUAAGAAACUUCUUCAAGGCUAUUCCAAGGUGAACAUGCUCAUAAUUGAAUUAAAGAGCGACGCUUUGAAAGAGAGACACUGGAGACAGUUGAUGAGAAAAUUGAGAGUAAACUGGGUCCUGUCUGAAGUUUCAUUGGGCCAGGUCUGGGAUGUCGAUCUCCAAGCUAAUGAAAAUAUUGUUAAGGACAUAAUUUUAACUGCCCAAGGUGAAAUGGCACUGGAGGAAUUCUUAAGACAAGUUCGAGAAUCUUGGCAGAGUUAUGUUUUGGAUUUGAUCAACUAUCAGAACAAGUGUCGUUUGAUUAGGGGCUGGGAUGAUUUAUUUACUAAAGUGAAAGAACACAUUAAUUCUGUUGCUGCUAUGAAACUCUCUCCUUAUUACAAGGUAUUUGAAGAAGAAGCGAUAACAUGGGAGGAAAAACUAAACAGGAUCAAUGCCCUCUUUGAUGUUUGGAUCGACGUGCAGAGAAGAUGGGUUUAUCUAGAAGGUAUUUUCUCCGGAAGUGCUGAUAUUAAAACCCUUCUACCUAUUGAGACCUCAAGAUUCCAUAAUAUCAGUGCUGACUUUUUGGGACUGAUGAAGAAAGUCGCAAAAUCCCCAAUGGUAAUGGACGUCUUGAACAUCCAGGGUGUCCAGAGGUCGCUCGAACGUCUGGCAGACCUCCUGGAGAAAAUUCAGAAAGCAUUGGGCGAGUACCUAGAAAGGGAAAGGAUGUCCUUCCCAAGGUUUUACUUCGUCGGUGAUGAAGAUCUACUGGAGAUAAUAGGAAACUCAAAAAAUAUCCCAAGGCUGCAAAAACAUUUCAAAAAAAUGUUCGCUGGAAUCGCUGCUAUCUUAUUAAAUGAAGACAAUACGGUCAUUACAGGAAUCGCAUCUAGAGAGGGAGAGGAGGUGAUUUUCAAUAAUCCGGUUUCAACAGUUGACAAUCCGAAGAUCAACGAAUGGUUAACCUGCGUUGAAAAAGAAAUGCGAUUGACUCUCGCUUCGUGCCUUUCAAAAGCUGUUGCUCAUAUAAGAACUUUCAAGGAAAUUGAACCGGCGACUUUCAUGGAAUGGUGCGACGGCUACCAAGCUCAAGUUGUCGUUCUAGCCGCUCAGAUUUUAUGGUCUGAAGAUGUCGAAGUUGCUUUGAACGCAGGUGGUGGUACAGGGUUGGAGAACGUUUUAAAACAAGUGGAAAAAACGCUGACCGUCCUUGCUGACUGCGUUUUACAGAAACAACCUUCUCUAAGAAGGCGAAAACUUGAAGCAUUGAUUAAUGAGUUUGUUCACAAAAGGACAGUUACCAGGAAUCUGAUUCAAUACAAAGUUACAUCACCAAAAGCGUUCGAAUGGCUCUCACAGAUGAGGUUCUACCUUGACGCCUCUCAGACUGAUGCUUUAAAUCAGCUCUCCAUACAAAUGGCUAACGCUAAAUUCCACUAUGGGUUUGAAUACUUAGGUGUUCAAGACAGGCUAGUUCAAACUCCCCUUACUGACAGGUGUUAUUUAACAAUGACCCAAGCUUUAGAGUCAAGGCUUGGUGGUUCUCCAUUCGGCCCGGCAGGUACGGGAAAGACAGAAUCUGUGAAAGCGUUGGGCCAUCAACUAGGUAGAUUUGUCUUGGUUUUCAACUGUGAUGAAACAUUCGACUUUCAAGCGAUGGGAAGAAUUUUCGUCGGCCUCUGUCAGGUUGGAGCUUGGGGCUGUUUUGAUGAAUUCAAUAGAUUAGAAGAAAGGAUGCUUUCUGCUGUUUCACAGCAAAUUCAGACCAUCCAGGAAGCCCUUAAAUCUCAGAUGGACUCUGCUUCGAAAGACUCAACAUUGAACGUUGAACUGGUCGGUAAACAAGUCAAAGUAUCUCCAGACAUGGCGAUAUUCAUCACGAUGAACCCUGGUUACGCUGGACGUUCCAAUUUACCGGACAACUUGAAGAAGUUGUUUAGAUCACUAGCGAUGACCAAGCCUGAUAGGCAGCUUAUUGCCGAGGUGAUGCUGUUCUCACAGGGCUUCCGCUCUGCCGAAAAGCUCGCAUCUAAAAUUGUGCCAUUUUUCAAGUUAUGUGAUGAGCAAUUAUCAAACCAAUCUCAUUAUGAUUUUGGCUUGAGGGCGCUUAAAUCUGUCCUUGUGUCGGCUGGUAAUGUAAAACGAGAUCGCAUUCAAAGGAUUAAAGAGAGAAAAGAAGGUGCUGGUGACACUGGAUUAGACGAGACAUCUAUCGCAGAAAAUCUCCCCGAGCAAGAAAUUUUAAUACAAUCUGUUUGCGAAACAAUGGUGCCAAAAUUAGUCGCAGAAGACAUCCCCCUCUUGUUUUCAUUGUUAAACGAUGUAUUCCCUCAAGUUCAAUAUACCCGAGCCGAGAUGACAAAGUUGAAAGAAGAAUUAAGAAAAGUUUGUCAAGAAGAAUACCUAGUUUGUGGAGAAGGAGAUGAACAAGGUGGCCCUUGGAUGGAAAAGGUACUUCAGCUGUACCAAAUUUCAAAUUUGAAUCAUGGGCUCAUGAUGGUUGGCCCGUCUGGCUCUGGCAAAUCAUCGGCGUGGAGGGUGCUCUUGAAGGCGUUAGAGAGGUAUGAAGGGAUUGAAGGCGUGUCGCACGUCAUAGAUCCAAAGGCGAUGUCCAAAGAAGCACUUUACGGCGUGCUCGAUCCGAAUACGAGAGAAUGGACUGAUGGAUUGUUUACACACAUUUUAAGAAAAAUCAUAGACAACGUAAGAGGAGAAAUUAACAAAAGACAGUGGAUUAUUUUCGAUGGUGAUGUAGAUCCCGAAUGGGUUGAAAAUCUCAAUUCGGUACUCGACGAUAACAAAUUACUUACUCUUCCAAAUGGUGAAAGAUUGUCAUUACCACCAAAUGUUAGAGUUAUGUUUGAGGUUCAAGAUUUAAAAUACGCUACUCUUGCCACAGUUUCAAGGUGUGGCAUGGUAUGGUUCUCGGAAGAUGUCCUUUCGACUGAAAUGAUCUUUGAAAAUUACCUUCUUCGACUGAAGAACAUUCCAUUGGAAGAGACCGACGACGAUUCUUUAGGUUUUGCGCCAAAAAAGAUUCAAUCGGAGAAGGAAGAAGGUGUUUCACCUUCGAUGCAAGUGCAAAACGAUAUCGCAAACAUACUUCAAUCGUAUUUCGCCCCCGGAGGGUUGGUUGUUAAAUGCUUAGAGUACGCUAUUAUUCAAGAGCACAUCAUGGAUUUGACAAGGCUCAGAGCUCUGGGCUCUUUAUUCUCAAUGUUGAAUUACGGUGUCCGAUGCGUCAUCCAGUAUAACCAAACGCAUUCAGACUUUCCCCUUCCUCCCGAACAACUAGAUCGGUACAUUCCGAAAGUGUUAGUUUAUUCCUUGCUAUGGAGCUUCGCUGGCGAUGCAAAACUAAAAGUAAGGAGCGAUUUAGGAGAUUUCAUCAGGUCGGUUACAACAAUACCACUGCCUCCACAAAUCCCAAAUACGCCAAUUAUCGACUUUGAGGUUAACAUUAAUGGGGAAUGGAGUGCUUGGUCUGCUAAAGUUCCACAGAUUGAAGUUGAAAUUCAUAAAGUUGCCGCUCCUGAUGUAGUCGUUCCUACAUUAGACACUGUAAGACACGAAUCUCUUUUAUACACAUGGCUUGCAGAACAUAGGCCUUUAGUGCUUUGCGGCCCUCCCGGUUCUGGUAAGACCAUGACUCUCUUCUCGGCCCUGAGAGCUUUGCCGGACAUGGAAGUCGUUGGGCUUAACUUUUCUUCAGCGACAACGCCCGAAUUGUUGCUCAAGACAUUCGAUCAUUACUGCGAGUACAGAAAGACGCCGAAUGGAGUCAUACUUGCCCCAGUUCAACUUGGGAAAUGGCUGGUCUUGUUCUGCGAUGAGAUUAAUCUUCCGGACAUGGAUUCUUAUGGAACACAAAGGGUCAUCUCAUUUUUGAGGCAGUUAGUCGAACAACGAGGUUUCUACAGGACAUCUGAUCAAGCAUGGGUGACUCUAGAGAGGAUUCAGUUCGUCGGCGCUUGCAAUCCUCCAACUGAUCCCGGAAGGAAACCGCUUUCCCACCGGUUCUUGAGACAUGUCCCAGUCAUAUACGUAGAUUAUCCAGGGGAAACAUCGCUCAAACAGAUUUACGGUACAUUCAGUAGAGCGAUGCUUAGGCUGAUCCCGUCGCUCAGAGGAUUUGCGGAACCGCUUACAAAUGCAAUGGUGGAGUUUUAUUUGGUUUCGCAAGAGCAUUUUACACAAGACAUGCAGCCGCAUUAUGUCUAUUCUCCUCGUGAGAUGACCAGAUGGGUCAGAGGUAUUUGUGAAGCUAUGAGGCCUCUUGAGAGUUUAAAUGCUGAAGGGCUUGUGAGGUUAUGGGCACACGAAGCUCUUCGCCUUUUCCAAGACAGAUUGGUUGAAGCUAAUGAAAGGAUUUGGACGAAUGAAAACAUAGACAAAGUGGCUUUAAAACAUUUUCCCUCUGUCGAUAAGAAAGAAGCCCUUGGCAGACCGAUCCUUUACUCUAACUGGCUAUCCAAAGAUUAUGUACCUGUCGAUAGAGAUGAACUUCGCGAUUAUGUUAAAGCCAGGCUUAAAGUUUUUUACGAUGAAGAAUUGGAUGUUCCGCUUGUUCUUUUUGAUGAAGUGUUAGAACAUGUAUUGAGGAUCGAUCGGAUUUUCAGACAACCACAGGGUCACCUGCUAUUAAUCGGCGUUUCAGGAGCAGGAAAGACAACUCUAUCACGAUUUGUCGCGUUUAUGAACGGUCUGACAGUUUUUCAAAUCCGAGUUCACAACAAGUACACGAGCGAAGAUUUCGAUGAAGAUCUAAGGUCGGUUCUGAGAAGGUCGGGAUGUAAGAAUGAAAAGAUCGCUUUCAUUCUUGACGAAAGCAACGUCCUCGAAUCGGGCUUCUUAGAAAGAAUGAACACACUUCUGGCCAACGGGGAAGUCCCCGGUCUCUUCGAAGGCGACGAGUACAGCACUUUGAUGACGCAGUGCAAAGAAGGCGCUCAGAGAGAAGGCUUAAUGUUAGAUUCAAACGAGGAAUUGUAUAAAUGGUUCACCGGCCAAGUCAUGAGAAAUCUUCAUGUCGUUUUCACCAUGAAUCCAUCGUCCAAAGGGCUUAAAGAUCGUGCUGCCACUAGUCCUGCUUUGUUCAACCGUUGUGUACUCAAUUGGUUUGGCGACUGGUCCGAAGGCGCACUCUAUCAAGUUGGUAGAGAGUUUACAAAUCAACUGGAUCUUGAUGGUGCUGCUAAUUGGAAACCUCCAGAUUUCUUCCCUGUUGUUUAUUCUGGUUUGUCGUCUACUCCAACGUACAGAGAAGCGGUCAUUAAUGCGUGUGUUUAUGUCCACCAAACAUUGCACAAAGCGAAUGCACGUCUUGCUAAAAGAGGUGCCAGGACAAUGGCGAUUACUCCUAGACAUUAUUUGGACUUUAUCAAUCAUUUUGUGAAACUUUAUCGAGAAAAAUGCUCAGAGCUGGAAGAACAACAGGUCCAUUUGAAUGUCGGCUUAGGUAAAAUUGCCGAAACCGUCGAACAGGUAGAAGAAAUGCAAAAGUCCCUUGCCGUCAAAUCUCAGGAAUUACAAGCGAAAAACGAGGCGGCAAAUGCUAAACUGCGCCAAAUGGUAAAGGACCAACAAGAAGCAGAGAAGAAAAAAGUCGUGUCGCAGGAAAUUCAAUCGCAGAUAGAAAAGCAAAAGCUGCUCAUUGCGCAGAAGCGAGAAGGGGUUAUGGCUGACCUAGCUCUCGUAGAACCCGCUGUUAUUGAUGCCCAGCAAGCUGUGAAGGAAAUCAAGAAACAGCAGCUUGUUGAAGUUAGAUCUAUGGCUAACCCUCCUGCCGUUGUCAAGCUUGCUCUCGAAUCGAUUUGUCUCUUGCUUGGCGAAAAUGCCACUGACUGGAAGAGCAUCAGGACUGUCGUAAUGAGGGACAAUUUUAUCAAUUCCAUCGUUAAUAAUUUCAGCACAGAAAAUAUUUCUGACGAAGUUCGGGAGAAAAUGCACACACGGUAUCUUAGCAAUCCCGAGUAUACUUUUGAAAAAGUCAACAGAGCUUCGAUGGCUUGUGGACCUAUGGUCAAAUGGGCUGUUGCUCAAAUAAGUUAUGCGGAUAUGUUGAAAAAAGUUGAACCACUCCGUGAGGAGUUGAGAUCGCUCGAGGAUCAGUCAGGCGAGAACCAGAAAAAAGGCGAGGAGACUCAGAAACUCAUCCAACAGCUUGAAAAGAGCAUUGCCGCGUACAAGGAAGAGUAUGCUCAACUCAUUCAAGACGGUCUUGCCAUCAAGCAAGAUCUUGAGAACGUUCAGGCCAAGGUCGACAGGUCGAUAGCUCUACUCAAGUCUCUAGGAAUCGAAAGGGAGAGAUGGGAGAUGACGAGCGAAACCUUCAAGUCUCAGAUGGCCACAAUCAUCGGCGACGUUCUCCUCUCCUCUGCUUAUCUCGCUUACGCCGGUUAUUUUGAUCAACACUAUCGUCAUAAUCUUCUCAGCACUUGGACAGAACACCUGACGAAUGCUGGAAUAUUAUUUAGAUCUGAAAUCGCACUUACUGAAUAUUUAUCUAAUCCUGAUGAAAGGCUGAGAUGGCAGGAAAAUGCUUUGCCGACAGAUGACCUCUGCACGGAAAAUGCUAUCAUGCUUAAGAGGUUCAAUAGAUAUCCGUUGAUCAUUGAUCCUUCAGGGCAAGCGACAGAAUUUAUACUCAAGGAAUACAGGGACAAGAUAACAAAAACGAGCUUCUUGGACGAUUCUUUCAGAAAGAAUCUUGAAAGUGCAUUACGAUUCGGAAAUCCACUCCUUGUUCAAGAUGUUGAAAAUUAUGACCCAAUAUUGAACCCGGUGUUGAACAGAGAAGUACGAAGAACGAGCGGCCGUGUCCUAAUAACGCUCGGCGAUCAAGACAUAGAUUUGUCACCGUCUUUUGUUAUAUUUUUGUCAACGCGUGACCCGACUGUCGAAUUCCCGCCAGAUAUCUGUUCGAGAGUUACAUUCGUCAACUUCACAGUCACAAGAUCGUCGUUGCAGAGCCAAUGCUUGAACCAAGUGCUGAAAGCAGAAAGGCCCGAUAUCGAUGAGAAACGCUCCGAUUUGCUUAAACUACAAGGGGAAUUCCAUUUAAGACUGAGACAACUAGAGAAAUCGCUUUUGCAGGCUUUGAACGAAGCCAAGGGUAAAAUCCUUGACGACGAUUCUGUUAUCACAACCUUGGAAACUCUUAAAGAAGAGGCUGCUGAUAUUAGUAAGAAGGUUGAAGAGACUGAUAGGGUUAUUGCCGAAAUAGAGACAGUUUCCCAACAAUAUAAACCUCUUUCUCAGGCCUGCAGCAAUAUGUACUUCACCAUGGACAGCCUUAAUCAAAUCCAUUUCUUGUAUCAAUAUUCUCUCAAAUUCUUCUUAGACAUUUUCAAUGCCGUUUUAUUUAGUAACCCUAAUCUUGAUGGCCUGACGGACCACAGUACAAGACUGGCUGUCAUAACAAAACAAUUAUUUUCGGUGUGUUUUGAAAGGGUUGCAAGAGGAAUGCUUCACAUCGACAGGCUUACACUCGCCAUAUUACUUUGUAGAAUACAUCUUAAAGGACUUCCUUCUGAGGAUCCUUUAGACAAUGAGUUCCAUUAUUUCAUGAGUGCCAAAGAAGGUGUAAUUGCUUCAAAUGAACAACCCAUUGACGGAUUGUCUUCCGAGCAAAUGGAAGCCAUGAUCCGCAUGGCGUCGAGAUUACAUCCAUUUAAAGAGCUGUUGAAGAAAGUUCGUGAAAUGCCUGAAUUUGUGGCAUGGUCGCAGCAAAGCACACCUGAAAUGUGUGUGCCAACGUUGUGGCAUGAAGACAAGCCAUUGUCUCCAAUCGCAACAUCCAUGAAUAGACUUCUACUCAUUCAGGCUGUAAGGCCUGAUAGAGUCGUGGCAGCGGGACAUAUUUUUGUCUCGACUGUAUUAGGAGAAGGGUUCAUGCAAACCGCUGAAAGAGAACCGAACUUGGGUCAUAUUACUGAGAAAGAGCUCAGUUGCAACGUUCCUGCACUGUUGUGUUCCGUCACAGGCUUUGAUGCGACUUCCAGGGUUGACGACAUGGCGGCCGAACUGGGCAAACAAAUUGCAAGCAUCGCUAUCGGUUCUGCGGAAGGGUUCAGCCAGGCCGAUUCAGUCAUUAAUAUGGCUGUCCGUUCUGGAAGGUGGGUUCUCCUCAAGAACGUACAUCUAGCACCUCAGUGGCUCGUACAACUAGAGAAAAAACUUCAUUCACUAUCUCCCCACACGAAUUUCCGCCUGUUCCUGACGAUGGAGAUAAACCCGAAAGUUCCAGUCAACUUGUUAAGAGCCGGGAGAAUAUUUGUGUUUGAACCUCCGCCAGGAAUCAGGGCCAACCUUCUUAGAACUUUUAGUACGGUUCCGGCAUCGAGGAUGAUGAAACAGCCGAGUGAAAGGGCUAGAUUAUAUUUCCUCCUCGCUUGGUUCAAUGCUAUUGUACAAGAAAGGCUACGGUAUUCACCGCUCGGAUGGGCAAAACAUUAUGAAUUUAAUGAAUCCGAUCUACGAGUCGCUUGCGAUACUUUAGACACCUGGAUUGAUGCAACAUCAGCUGGAAGGACACAAUUAGCCCCUGAGAAAGUGCCUUGGGACGCUUUAGUCACACUUCUGUCACAGUGUAUUUAUGGAGGCAAGAUUGACAAUGAUUUUGACCAGAGGCUGCUCUCCUCAUUCUUAGCCAAAUUAUUCACGCCAAAGAGCUUUGAAUCUGAUUUCGCAUUGGUGGCUAAUGUUGACGGAGUCGCAGGUGCGCCUGGUGGCCACAGGCAUAUCACGAUGCCGGAUGGUACGAGGAGAGACCAUUUCCUUCAUUGGAUUGAAUCCCUCUCGGACAGACAGACGCCUUCAUGGCUCGGACUGCCGAACAACGCCGAGAAAGUCCUUUUAACGAACAGAGGGACGGAUUUGGUCAUAAAGCUGCUUAAAAUGCAACAGCUCGAGGACGAGGAUGAACUAGCUUACACUGACGAUUCAGCUCAAGUCAACAGCCUUACAAAGAACAGCAUGAACGACUCGCCCAGCAGCAUUACAAGGCCGACAGACGGUAGACCAGGCUGGAUGAGAAUCCUUUACAAUUCUGCGACAACUUGGCUUCAACUUUUACCAACAAAUCUACCAACUUUAAAAAGGACAGUGGAAAAUAUCAAAGAUCCUUUAUACAGAUAUUUUGAAAGGGAGGUUAAUUCUGGAGCUAAAUUAUUAAGAGAUGUUAUUCAUGAUUUAGCGGAUGUAGUUGCUAUCUGUCAGGGUGAAAAGAAACAGACAAACUAUCACCGAGCUAUGCUCAACGAUCUCGUGAGGGGUAUAUUGCCAAGCUCAUGGAGGCGGUACACAGUUCCGCGCGGAUGUACCGUCAUUCAAUGGGUAACGGAUUUCAGUCAAAGGGUCAAACAGCUGGAGCAAAUCUCCCAACUCGCAUCUCAAAAAGGGCCAUCGGAAAUUAAGAAUAUGCCCGUUUGGUUGGGAGGAUUGAUGAACCCUGAAGCAUACGUGACAGCAACGAGGCAAUGCAUCGCCCAGGCCAACAGUUGGUCGCUCGAGGAGCUUAUUCUUGAAGUUACAAUUUUGGAUCAGGCAACGACUCCAUCUAUGGAUAGAUGUAGUUUCCCCGUUAUAGGCUUGAAGUUACAAGGAGCACAAUGUAGGAAUAACCAACUACUCUUAACUUCAACGAUAAUGAUGGACCUUCCUACCACUCUUCUUAGGUGGCAGAGAGCUGGAAGUGAUAGCAAUGCGGGAAAAUUAUCCCUUCCUGUGUAUCUGAAUUCUACGAGGUGCGAACUAUUGUUCACCGUCGACUUGAACAUCGCUCCGGGACAAGACGCCCACAGUUUUUACGAGAGGGGAGUCGCCCUUCUCACAUCGACUGCACUUAACUAAUUCUAUAACAGAUUUAUUUUCGUUUUUAGUUUAAGUUUGAAAUUAGCCUUUCUUCCAUGAUCCUGUGUGUGGAUGAGAAACAGUUUUUUAUUGUACAUAUUUUUGUAAGUGUUUCUAUAUAUUUUUUUUCCUUGCUCGUUUCAGUUAAAUUAUUAAUAUUUAUACAUGGGAUGUAAAACGGUGAUUAAAAUAGAAUAAUAGGGACAAAAUAUUUAAAAGGGCUAAUCUCUCACUUAAAAUUUGGAAUCAACGCUUUUUAUCGAUUUGGUUAAAGAGGAAAAGCCGAUAUACUUAUAAACUUACUUGUUAUUUUGUUCAGUGAUAUGCGCACAUUAAUAUUACUAAGUACAUUAAAAUAAAAUUUGAUAUUUUUAUUUAUUCUAUUUAUAUUGUAAAUAAUUCCAUGGGAAUGCUAGCAUUAGAACCGAGCAAUUCUUGUUAAUUUAUAUUUUAUCAGACAUAAGGAAAAAGCCAUUGUUUAAUUAUUUAUAUUGUUGUUUAAUUAUUUUUAUAUAGAAAUGUCUAUUGUGAUUUAGCCUGUAUGCUUUUGUUUACUUCUUAUAUAAAUUCUUAAUUCAAAAUAUACACAGGAAUUUUAACUUGUU